AUUCAUCCAACAAACUUUGAAAUCUUAACAGUUAAACAUGGCUUCUUCUUCUUCUAAGUUAGUACUUGUAAUGUGUUUUAUGAUUAGUGCUUUUGGCAUUGCAAUUGGGGCCAAGUUUGAUCAAGAAUUCGACAUUACAUGGGGUGAUGGCAGAGCAAAAAUACUUAACAAUGGCGACCUCCUUACUCUCUCACUUGACAAAAUCUCAGGCUCUGGUUUUCAAUCCAAGAAUGAAUAUCUGUUUGGUAAAAUUGACAUGCAGCUCAAACUUGUCCCAAGAAAUUCUGCUGGCACUGUCACUGCUUACUAUUUGUCGUCACAAGGACCAACACAUGAUGAGAUAGAUUUUGAAUUCUUGGGAAAUUUAAGUGGUGAUCCUUAUACUCUCCAUACUAAUGUAUUUAGUCAAGGCAAAGGAAACAGAGAACAACAAUUUCAUCUUUGGUUUGACCCUACUGCUGAUUUCCACACUUAUGCCAUCACUUGGAAUCCACAACGCAUCAUAUUUUAUGUGGACGGAACGCCAAUUAGAGAAUACAAGAAUAGUGAAUCGAUUGGAGUUUCAUAUCCAAAGAACCAACCCAUGAGGAUAUAUUCGAGUCUUUGGAAUGCUGAUGAUUGGGCUACAAGAGGAGGCCUUGUUAAGACUGAUUGGAGCCAAGCACCCUUUAGUGCUUCUUACAGAAACUUCAGUGCUAAUGCUUGUAUUCCCACUUCUUCAUCUUCUUGCAGUUCCAUUUCUGCAACUUCAACAAGCAAUUCAUGGUUGAAUGAAGAGUUAGAUAACACAAGCCAAGAGAGGCUCAAAUGGGUGCAGAAGAAUUACAUGGUUUAUGAUUACUGCACUGAUUCAAAGCGAUUUCCACAGGGAUUUCCAGCAGAUUGUGUUCAGAAUAUCUGAGCAUUAAUAAUGAAAAAAUAGUGUAUUACUUUAAAAACUAUUGUAUUGAUUCUUUUAUUGUUUUGUACCCAUCAGAAGAAGAUGCAAUAAUUAUUGAGGAUUAGAAACAUCUUAGUUUUGUACUAAGUUAUAUAAACAAUGAAAUAGAUACUUUUUUUUCUUCUAA